AUGGAAGAAAAGUUAAAUGAAAUGGAACAAGCUGGUAUCAUCACAAGGACAUCAACGCCUUACAGUAGUCCAUUGACAUUCACUCUUAAAAAAGACGGCUCAAUUAGAGUUCUGCUUGAUGCCAGAAGCAUAAAUAAGAAAAUGGUUGCAGAAACAGAGAAACCACCUAUACAAUUAGAUGUUUUCAAUUUAUUUCACGGAGCGAAUUAUAUCACUACCAUUGACUUAAAUAAUGCAUAUUUUCAAAUUCCGAUAUAUAAUGUUUUGCCGCAAGGAUUAAAAACAUCAGUAGGAAGCUUUAGCAGAGCCAUGAAUUUAAUAUUAGGACCAGAAGUCCAAGAAUUUUGUGUGAACUAUUUAGAUGAUCUAGCCACUAUUACAACAGGAACGUUAGAUAAACAUUUGGAGCACAUUGAUAUUGUUUUAAGUAAAUUGAACAAAGCUGGCUUAACGUGUAACUUGCAGAAAUGUGAAUGUAUUUGUAAAGAAAUUAAAAUGCUGGGUUUUAUAAUUUCAACAGAAGGCAUAAAGACAGACCCCGAUAAGAUUCGAGCGAUCCAAGAGUUUCCAGCACCUAAAAAGAUUAAACAAUUAAGGGCCUUUUUAGGUCUAUGCAAUUUUUAUAGAAGGUUUAUACCAAAUUACAGCGAGAGCAUAAUACCGCUCUGUGAAUUACUUAAAAAGGGACGAAAGUUCCAAUGGAGCGGUAAAGAACAGAAGGCAUUUGAUUUUAUAAAACAACAAUUUAUUAAUACAAUACAAUUGCAUCAUCCAGACUUUAAUAAGCCGUAUUAUUUACAAACAGAUUGUUCCGGUGUGGGUAUGGCCGGAGUACUAUAUCAGAUAGAUGAUAAUAAUGAAAUGAGAAUUUUAGGCUAUCAUAGUAAAGCCUUAAAAGGCCCCGAAUUAAAUUGGUCUGUUACUGAACAAGAGUUUUAUGCUGUAAUAAGCCGCCUAAAGAAAUUUGAAACAUAUUUGAGGGGCAGUAAAGUAAUAAUACUAACUGAUCAUAAAGCAUUAUUGUUUAUUAAUAAUUCAAUGGUAGAGUAA